AUGAGAGAUGGGGGCAAAAGAGCGCUCGAGAUGUGUUUGAAGAUAUUACCUUAUGAGUAUCCCAUAGAGAUGGAAACCAUGAAAGGAAUCAAUUUUGUGAUGUUCGAAGAAACACCACUUAUCAUGAUCGUCAUGUACAUCAUACUAUUCACUUUUGGUUAUGUGGUGAUGGCUUGUAUAUGUGGGAGCAUUCUGAUUCGAAUUCUUAGCCAAUCAACGUCGAAUUACCCUUGGAGUGAUUUACUACAUACUGUUGGAAGCAGUUGGUGUCGGUCUCCCACUGAUCAUCAUCACUUUUUGCGGUCUUUUUGGAACUGGCAACCUCAUGGUCUCACAUUAUGCGAUGAUUAG